GUGACUGAAACUGCAGCAGCGCUUUGAUUUUGUUGCUACGCAACCGGUCAACAACACAGCCAGAUUGGUUUACACACUAAAUAAAUAUUAAACACAACAAAGUCAGAGGUUGCUGCAGAUGCAGAAAUGGCGUCCAGUUUCUCAGCAAAUCAGUAUGACAGCGCCUUCAGAGCACAGAGGCUGCAGAACUGGUGUGAAGCGAAACACUUWAAAGAGAGACCCUCCGCCCGUCGGAGCCACACCUUCAUUGCAGAUGACAGAGGACAUCUUCUCCCAGGCGUGAAGAAAGGCAGUGCCUGGCCAGACUUUAAGGGGACCUGGGAUCUACCCACUCGUACCCCGGCUCGGCGCAUCAACCCCACGGCCCGCUCCGCAGAGGGCCUCAGCAGGCUCAGGACCUGGGGCUUCUGGCCACAGCAAAGUGCCAAAUCACAGCGAGGAGGAGUGGGCGAGCAGACCACCAAGGACGUACAGGAGGACGGUGCCGACCCGGCAGCUAAAACCCAGASUCAGCCUGGCACCAGAAACCAUAACCAUCGCUCACAAACAUCUGUGAUAGUUUCUGUUGAACAUCAGGCUUCAGAGAAAAACAGACUCAUGAACCAGAUAUCUGCAGAAGAAGAAAACCCAACUUCACCAUCAACAGAUGAUAGAAAAAACCCAAACGGGCCUGAGACCAACGGGAGACCCCAGAGCAUGACCCGAUCUAGGCAGUCUCACCUGCAGCGAGACCUGUGAAGCUUUAAAAACAAAAAUACUCUGAAAAUAAAAGUUUUAAACAUUGAUUUAUUUCAUUUAUUCAGAUACAAACAAUACUUUAUAAAUGUCAGAUCUGAUUGA